GCGAUUCUGCGCAAACGCGUCGUUGUGACGCACAUUUAAUGCGUCGGAGUUGGUGUCAACAUGGCUGCACGCGCUGGAGACAAGCGUGGUCUGGAGCAUUUAGAUGAAUAUGAUCCAAAACCGGCAAAACAACAAAAAAGUUUGCAGGAGCAGAUGGCGGAAAAGCGUCUUGUUGUUGUUUUAGAAGGAGCGACGCUUGAAACCGUGAAGGUUGGAAAGACAUUUGAGUUGCUGAACUGUGAUCAACAUAAGAGUAUGAUCAUAAAGAGUGGAAGAGACCCAGGGAAGAUUCGCCCUGAUAUCACACAUCAGAGCCUGUUGAUGUUACUGGACAGUCCUCUGAACAGAGCUGGACUGCUUCAAGUCUACAUUCACACAGAGAAGAACGCUUUGAUCGAGAUCAACCCACAGACGAGAAUUCCUCGCACUUUUGCACGGUUUUGUGGACUAAUGGUCCAGCUGCUGCACAAGCUGAGUGUGAGAGCGGCUGAUGGUCCUCAGCGUUUGUUAAGGCUGAUUAAGAAUCCAGUGUCGGACCACCUGCCAGCUGGAUGCCCCCGAUACUCGACAUCCUUCAAAGCAGGAGAUGCUGUGUGUCCCAGAACAAUUGUCCCUGAAGAUGGACCCGCCGCUGUUGUCAUUGGAGCGUUUGCACAUGGCACAGUGAAUAUUGACUAUACAGAGAAGACGGUGUCCAUCAGUAACUAUCCUCUGUCUGCUGCUCUGACCUGUGCCAAAAUCUGUUCAGCAUUUGAGGAGGUCUGGGGAGUGUUAUGAUGAAAACCAAACCAUUAUGAACUUUCAUGUUUCUGUCUGAUUGAGGAACAGGCCUUUGGACUGUGUUCUGUGUGUGUGUGUGUGUAUAUGGGCCACUCCUUUGAGCAAAAAUUGUGUUAUAUGACAUCACAAAAGAGGAGAAAAUGUAUUUUGUAACCAUUUUAACUCCCACUGAAGCAAACAGUUAUACCCCUUUAAAAUGUGGGGUAUUAAACCUCAAUUUCAUAGUGUAUAUGUCUAUACAUACAGUAAUAAACUCAUAUUUGCAUUUAAAACUA